CGUCUAAUAUGACUAGGACAUACGCCAUAUCGGGGAAAAAGAGCACGCGACGAAUGAACUGCAAGAACUGAAAUGAAAACAUAUGAACUAAUUAAAUUAGGUAAAGAAUGUGGAUGUGUAACAGGAUUCCAGGACUAGGCAGGAUAUAUAAAAUAAAUAUAACUUCAUAGAAAGAGAGAUCAGCAAAAACCAUAAAUAAAUUAAAAAAAAAAUAAUAAUAAUAAAUAAAUAAAUAAAGAAGAAGAGGGAAGAAGGAUAGAUACCUCACAUGGCGAAAAAAUCAGUUCCUAUAAUCGACAUGCAAGAUUUAGCCAAUGUACCUGAGAAAAUAGUGAAAGCAUUUGAGGAAUGGGGUUCGUUUAGGCUUAUUAACCAUGGUGUUCCGAUUGAACUUAUGUCGGAAAUGAAGGCCGUAACUCGAUCUUUGAUGGAUCUUCCAAUGGAAAUUAAGCGGAAGAAUUAUCAUCCCGACUCGGGCAAAGGGUACGUACCACCUAACAUGGCUAGUCCGUAUUACGAGGGCCUCAGUUUGUAUGACGUGGCCUCGCCUCUAGCUCUUCUUGAUUUUUGCUCACAAAUUGAUGCAUCUUCUCACCAAAGGGAGAUCUUGGAAAAGUAUGGUUUAGCUGUUUAUGAUCUUGCACACCUAAUAGGAUGUAAGAUGAUGGAAGGGUUGGGGUUAGGUGGUGAAGUAUUCAAAGAAUGGGUGUGUCAGUUGAAGAUGAAUAAGUACAAUUUUGCCCCUGAAACUGUGGGUUUAACUGGUGCACUUAUUCAUACAGACCCCGGAUUUCUCACCAUUCUUCAAGAUGAUGAGAUUGUGCGUGGUCUUGAGUUAGUGGACGAGAUUACCGGAGAGUUAGUGUCGAUUGAUCCAAUCCCAGGAGCUUUUGUUGUUAAUCUUGGAGAUGUGGCUAAGGUGUGGAGCAAUGGAAGAUUUUGCAAUGUGAAGCAUCGAGUUCAGUGUUACGAGCCAAAAGUACGAGUCUCCAUUGCACUUUUCGUAUUGGCUCCUAAAGAUGUGAAAGUGGAAGCGCCGCCACAGCUGGUGGAUUCCGACCACCCACGCCGCUACAUCCCUCUCGAUUUCGAAGACUACAGAAAGCUAAGAAGUUCCACACAAUCGCCCAUUGGAGGAGCCCUCCAACUUUUUCUCGCCAAAAGUUCGUGAAAAUUAAUAAAUGUAAUAAAAUGAUAAACAAAACGAACAAAGUUGUUAAUCGCAUUAUAAUAAACCUAUAGUUUUUUUUUAUUAAUUAUGUUUAUGAAUUAGUAACUACUAUUGCAUUGGUAAAUGGUAAUAUCAUGUGUUAUAAAAUAAUAUGAGACAAUAUUAUUUUCGCUUAAGCAAUGAAUCUUCUUUUACGUCUAAU